GAUCGAACCCGGGUCUCUGGUGCUGUAAGGCAGCAACUCUACCACUGUGCCCCAAGAUAUUAAGAUAUCUCAUGUUAUUCCAAAUCUGUCUACAGUGAGAUACAUGAGGACCUUCAUACCUGGUCUACUCCAUCCAUGGAGGUCAAGAUCACAUUGACUCUCAUCUUCCUAGUCGUAGGAUUUGACCAUCGUGCAGCACGUCUCGGCAGCAUCAGAGAGAUUAUCAUGGUAAUGUAUUAGAAUCAUAGACUCAUAGUUAUAUAGCACGGAAAUAGACCCUUCACUCGUCCAUGCUGACCAAAAUGCCCCACCUGAGUAGUCCCAUUUAGCAGCAUUUGAUCCAUAUCCCUCUAAACCAUUCCUAUCCAUGUACCUAUCCAAUUGUCUUUUAAAUGUUGUAAUAGUAGCUGCCUUAGCUAACUCCUUUGGCAGCUUGUUCUAUAUAUCCACCACAUUCUGAGUGGAAAGCUUGCCCCUCAGGUUCCUAUUAAAUCCCUCCCCCCUCAAUUUAAACUUGUCCUCUGGAUUUUGAUUCCCCUUUUAUUCUGGGUAAAAGACUCUGUGAAUUAAAUAGACAACCAGCCUCCACCGCCCUCUGAGGUAGAGAAUUCCACAGACUCACCACUCUCUGUGAGAAGCUCACCCUAUCAAUACCUACUGAUGAUUAUAUACACCUCUAUAAGAUCACCUCUUAGCAUUCUGUGCUCCAAGGAAUAAAGUCCUAGUUUAUACAAAUUUAGUUUAGUUUAUCAUUGACACAUGGACCAAGGAACAAGAAUUUUUUUUGUUGUUGCAUGCUAUCCAGUCAGCAAAAGGACUAUAGGUGAUUACAAUCAAACCAUCCACAGUACAGGUACAGGAUAAAGGGAAAUACUGUAGGUUCAGUGCAAGAUAAAGUCCAGUAAAGUCCAAUUAAAGAUGGUGCAAGGGUCUCCAAUGAGGUAGAUGGUAGGUCAGGAUCACUCUCUAGUUAGCAAUAAGAUGGUUCAGUUUCAUGAUAACAUAAGGAAAGAAAGAAACUCCGUGAAUCUGCUUGUGUGCGUUUUCAAACUUCUGUGCCUCUUGCCUGAUGAGAGAGGGGAGAAGAGGGAAUGGCCAGGGUGAGACUCAUCCUCCUUGUAGCUCAGAACUUCGAGUCCUGGCAAAAAUCCUGAUAAAUCUUCUCAGCACUCUUCCCAACCAUGAAGGAAUAAUUUCAACUGUUUAGGAAGGAACUGCAGAUGCCGGUAUAAACCGAAGGUGGACACAAAAAGCCGGAGUAACUCAGCGGGUCAGACAGCAUCUCUGGAGACAACCCCGUACGCUAGGACUAUCCGACACACUAGGGACAAUCUACAACUUAGCGAAGUCAGAUAACCUACAAAUCCACACGUCUUUGGAUGGGGCGAUAAGCCGGAACACCCGGAGAAAAUCACGCGGUCAUGGGGAGAACGUACAAGCCCCGUACAGGCAGCACCCAUAGAAACAUAGAAACAUCAAAAAUACCUGCAGGAGUAGGCCAUUCGGCCCUUCGAGCCUGCACCGCCAUUCAAUAUGAUCAUGGCUGAUCAUCCAACUCAGUAUUCUGCACCUGCCUUCUCUCCAUACCACCUGGUCCCUUUGGCCACAAGGGCCACAUCUAACUCCCUCUUAAACAUAGUCACAACUGAACCCAGGCCUCUGGUGCUGUAAGUCCAGCUAGUUGUGAAACAGGAGUCAAUGUUCCUUAUUCUACAUUGGAUUGCAAAGUAUUACUUUUAAAAAGUGCAUCUCCCAACACUGAUCUUCAAGGAGGACAGGAUUGGGAUAUGACCAUGCAAGUUGUGGAUACCCUCACUGGGAAUCUGCUACAGUUCAGCUUGUCUUCUGCCCAAACCUCUGCCAACCACAGUCCAUCCCCCAAAGUGGAGCCGUUGACAAUGUGCACGCAACAGAUUGCAAAACAGGAUAUGGGUCAAAGUUCCUUAUUCUAUGUUACAUUGCAACGCGUUUGUUCAUUCGUGAGGAAGUUUGCACACGGAGCAAGUGGUGAAAUCAAACAAGAGCCAGUCGUGGACAGCACGAAUUGGAGACCACUCCAUCGGCAAACAUGGACCUCUCUCUCACUGUGACCACGAUGUUUUAUAUUCUGCUGUUUCGGACUGUGACUUCAAGUUCCUUAGCAAAGCUUCCCUUGAUGGUGAUAAGAGCUGGCGAGGGAGAAACAGUGACCAUAGAAUGUCCACACGCUCAGAAAACAGGACCUGUCAGCUGGUGCAAAGUCUAUUCUCGAGAGGUAUGCAAUGUAAUAGUCCACACUGAGAAAGAAGACAGUAGUGGAAGGAUAUCAAUGAGAAGAGUCAAUGGGUCUGUUUUUGUAACAAGUCAACUUCAGAAGAAUGAUACAGGAACAUACUGGUGUGGAACAAUUCAGGCAAAUAAAAUCCAUGUUUCAGAUAUUGUCAUGCUGGAUGUUUUCACAGCAGAUUCACGGAUACUAAACCGUACCACAGUCAAGGGCGUGAUGGGCAAUGCCACCACGAUACACUGCCGGUACAAGGCCCAAUUUAAAGCAUAUUGGAAAUUCUUGUGUAAAGUCGUCUCUGUGAAUAGUUGCAGCAUCAUAGCGACGCCUCACGACUACAACAGCAGCAAAUUGUCAAUCAGUGGGAACAAAGUCAACAACUUUGCCAUCACGAUCAGGCACACUGAUGAAGGAGAUGUGGGGGAAUAUUGGUGUGGGGCCAGGACACCAGUCGACUUUGAGAUCUCACAGGUUCAAACCGUGAUGUUUAAAGGAACGAUAACAAAACCAGGGGCACCAAGCAACAAAGCAAGCGGCACCCCACAGAUAUGGCACAUUAUACUUCCACUCGUGCUGGGACUAUUGGUUGUAAUAACGAUAGUUCUACUUGUAAAAAAGAGGAAACAGUCACAAACUAUCCCUCGUGAAAGUAAGUAGCCAACAAAAUAUUUAUUCUACAGUUAAAAUGAUAAUGGAACAAUAACUGCGUAUGGAUUUAUUAUUGUCGUGCAGUGAAAAAAUGUCGUUUUGCAUGUCACCCAGUCAAAUCACACUGAACACGUGUACGUGUAGGAAGGAACUGCAGAUGCUGGUUUAAACCGAAGAUAGACACAAAAAGCUGGAGUAACUCAACGGGACAGGCAGCAUCUCUGGUGAGAAGGAAUGGGUGAUGUUUCGAGUCGGAUGUUUCAACCCAUCUGAAGAAGGGUCUCGACCCAAAACGUCAUCCAUUCCUGCUCUCCAGAGAUGCUGCCUGUCCCGCUGAGUUACUCCAGCUUUUUUGU